AUGGAGGAAAUUAAUGAGGAUAUGACACUAUCUUCUGACUCUGCUGCCGGUUCAGCAGUGCUUGUAAUGGGUAUUACGGGUGUUGGAAAAAGCACCUUCAUAUCGAAGCUUGUAGGAAAGGAUACUGGCAUUGGCCAUGAUUUGACAUCGUAUACCCAGGGCGUUGAACUCCACAGCAUGAGAAUCAAAGACAAACUUCUGUAUUUGGUGGAUACACCUGGAUUCAACGACACCUAUCGUUCGGAUUUUGAAAUAUUUGCAGAGAUCACUUUCAUUCUUUCUCAAAUCUAUCGGACAGGCAUGAAAAUAGCCGGCAUUCUAUAUCUGCACCGUAUCUCGGAUAAUCGAGUUUCAGGGACUGCCUUGAGAAACUUUAAGCUUCUGGAAUAUAUGUGUGGUUUGGAUGCUGCACCGCGGGUGUUCCUGGUUACUACCAUGUGGGACUCAAGAAAUGAGGAUUAUUAUGAGGCGGUGCUUCGAGAAUCACGAUUGACCUCGACAACAGAGUUUUGGGGGCGAUUUUGUCAACAAGGUAGUCAAACAAAGCGAUGGCGCGGCGACGAGUUGUCCGCGCUCUCAAUCGUCGAUGCAGUAAUUUCAGUGGGGGAUGGGGAAGGCCACAAACCCCUUCUCAUCCAGAGAGAGCUCGUUGACGAGGGAAAGCCGUUGAAUCAAACGACCGCCGGGCUAAAGCUUAUGUCGGAGUACAUAACAGCGGAGAAAGGAUUGUCGCAGGAAUUACGCUUGCUUCAAUCAGACGCGUCAGUUUCUCAGGAGGAUGCCAAGAGUAGUCUCUUGGAACUGAAAAAGCAAAUACAGGAGAUGAAGCAUGCGCAAAGAAAGCUUAGAGUAUCGACUCGAGAGAUGUUCGCUGAAAGGGAACAGUCUUAUAGCCAAGUGCUUGCACAUAUGCGCGAUGAACAACAGAAGCUCGUUUUUGAGCUUCGAGAACAGAGGCGACAAUACCAACGAUUGCAAGAUGAGAUGAAAAGCAACGACCAGCUACUCGGAGACGAGCAAUACUAUUGGAGCCAGAAAAAAGUGAGCCUUGAACAAGAUGUACGAAUGGGCCGACGUAGGAGAAGCAGCAUCGACAAAGAAUGCCAAAAGAUCGAAGAGGAGGAAUCGCUUCUUAACGAGCAUUUGAGUGACUUCAAAACCGAAAACGAACGCAAUAUGUCACAGAUGUCGCAAAAUAUGCUGGAAUUGAGGAAGAGAGACGUGGCCAAACGCAACAUUCUCCCCUUUCUGGGAGUUUUAGCUGGAAUCGGCCUCACUGCUGCUGGCGCUGUGACAGGACUAAUUCCCCUGGCGGGAGCUGGGGUGGGAUUGACUGUUAGUAGCGCCACUGAGAUGAGACUAUCCCGAAAGAUCCAAAAUGAGGGGCCAUAUGAAAACUAUCACGGCUCCUUUGUAUCAAACUCCUCCACGACUGCUUUCAACGGAGCUCAAAUCUCGGACCUUUUCUUGAGGGAUAAUAAGUAA